AAAUGGAAAAUUGGACAAGGGAAUUUCACUGCUGAUGAAAGGUGUAAAUAAAAGGGACGGAGGCAAAUUGGCGCCCAAAAUGGGGGAAUGGAAGGCAGCAACAAUUUCUUCACGGAACAACAUCUUUCUUACGCCGAUAUCCUUCAUCCUCACGAGGUUCGAGCCAGAAUUGAAGUAGCAGUUAUCAAUUUCCUGAAAUCACUAAAUUCCCCAAAUCCAGCCAUCUCUAACCUCCCUUUGAUUAAACGUAAGUCAAGUAAUACCAGAGUGAAUCAGGAGCUCUUAUCUCAAGUUUCAUGGAUUUUUCUGUCACGUUCGUUCUGCACCAAAUCCAUGACAAAAGAAAACACUGCUAAAUCUUUCAUAAGAGUAUGGAAGGUGAUGGAGAUGUGUUAUCAGAUUCUACUUUUGGAGAAAAGAGUGACUCAAAGAGAAUUGUUUUACAAGUUGCUUUGUUCGUCACCAGAUUAUUUUGCUUCACAGCUACAGGUCAAUCAAACGAUACAAGACGUGGUAGCAUUGCUUAGAUGCAGCCGUUAUAGUCUUGGAAUCAUGGCAUCCAGCAGAGGAGCCGUAGCUGGCCGUUUAUUGUUACAGGAGCCUGACGAAGAAACUAUUGACUGCACUAACUGCGGAUCUUCUGGCUAUGCUAUUUCUGGUGAUCUAAACCUGUUAGAAAAACUGAUUAUGAAGACAGAUGCUCGUUAUAUAUUUGUAAUUGAGAAGCAUGCAAUAUUUCAGCGGUUGGCUGAGGAUAAAGUCUUCAAUCAAAUUCCAUCCAUUCUUAUCACUGCAAAAGGAUAUCCUGAUCUUGCUACAAGGUUUCUUCUUCACCGUAUGAGCCGUGCUUUUCCUGAAAUCAAGAUCUUCGGGUUGGUUGACUGGAACCCGGCUGGAUUGGCUAUUCUUUGUACCUUCAAGUAUGGAAGCAUUGGAAUGGGACUAGAAGCAUACAGAUAUGCCUGCAAUGUCAAGUGGCUGGGCAUAAGGAAAGAUGAUUUGGAUAUAAUACCUGAAGAAGCUUUCGUUCCACUAAAGCCAAAAGAUUUGCAAAUUGCCAAGAGCCUGGCUUCUUCAGAAAUAUUGCAGGAUAACUAUAAACAAGAGCUAGAGGUAAUGGUUCAGAGCGGCAAGAAAGCAGAAAUUGAAGCUCUAUACUUCCACGGUUAUGAUUUUUUAGGGAAAUAUUUGGCAAAUAAAGUUGUGCAGGUCCAUUAUAUUUAGUCAUAAUCAGGUCUCAGUAGUCUUGAUAUGUAUGUAUCGUGCCUCACAUCAGACAUGUUUUCAGUGUUAUUGUACCAUACAUUUCAACCGCAAGCACGUAAUAUAGAUGUAGAUUUUGAGGAUAA